CGGCAGGGGCGGCCCCGGGAUCACAUGGGUGGAGGCAGGUCCCGCAGUCCCGGGCGGGCUCUCCCCAGAGUUGGUCCAGAGUCGGCAGGAGCGGUGUCUCCUCGCCCUCUCUCUUCUGGCCCUGCCCGUCCCGACCGCCCAGUCCAACAGGUAUGGCGCUGACUGUGGACUUGGUGGGCCCGGCACCCUGGGGCUUCCGAAUAACUGGGGGCCGGGACUUCCACAUGCCCAUCAUGGUGACCAAGGUGACUGAGCAAGGCAAGGCUGAGGCUGCCAAUCUCCGGCCUGGAGACAUCAUUGUGGCCAUCAAUGGGGAGAGUACAGAGGGCAUGCUUCAUGCUCAGGCCCAGAGCAAGAUUCGCCAGAGUCCAUCGCCCCUGCGGCUGCAGCUGGACCGGUCUAGAGCUGCCUCUCCAGGACAGACCAAUGGGGAGGGGUCUGUGGAGGUGCUGGCAACCCGCUUCCAGGGCUCAGUGAGGACGCAAACCAACAGUCAGUCUUCCUUUCCGUCUUCCUGCUCCAGUCCCACCUCCCUAAGCCCCAGGUCUGGCAGCCCCUUCUCUAGCUUGCAUCCCAGCAGCCCACAUCCCCUGGCAGCAGAGGUGAUGAUAGGCCGCAGUUUCCAGAGCUCAGCACUCUUCCCGAGCCCCCCUGCUGCUGACUGCUUGUCCUAUGAGGGCCGCCCUGGAAGCCUCCAGGCAGGCCUGGGCCGCGCUGGCGACUCGGCAGUGCGGGUGCUGCCACCUUCCCCAGUGCCCCGGUCCGGCGCCAGCCCCCGGCUCAGUGUGGACAUUUUGGAAGAGGAUUCCGAAGUCUUCAAGAUGCUGCAGGAGAACCGAGAGGGGCGGGCCCCGCCUCGCCAGUCUAGCUCCUUUAGGCUCCUGCAGGAAGCUCUGGAGGCUGAGGAGCGAGGUGGCUCCCCAGCCUUGGUGCCCAGCUCGCUGAGCCCACAAUCCUCCAUUCCCAAUCCCAGGGCUCUGGCCACCCCACCCCAGCUCCAUACAUGUGAGAAGUGUGGCGUCAGCAUCACGAACCAGGCCGUGCGCAUCCAGGAGGGGCGGUACCGCCACCCGGGCUGCUAUACCUGCAGUGACUGUGGAUUGAACCUGAAGAUGCGCGGCCACUUCUGGGUGGGGGAUGAGCUGUACUGCGAGAAGCAUGCCCGACAGCGCUACUCGGCGCCCACCACCCUCAGCACCUAGGCCUAAUGCCAGUGGCGAGGGGCCUGAUGGGGCCUUCUGUCCCUGGGUUAGGCCAGGGGCGGGAGUUGCCUUGGGCUGUGGGUGUGACUACAGCUUCACCUUCCAAGCUCCCCCUGCAGGACGGGUGUGGCCCCAGAAUCUGCGGUGGAUGGGCACUGUGUCUAUACCUUUGUGCCAAGUGGGCUGGGUGUACCCUCUGUAUAAAGUUCUCCCUUAUAAAUAUAUACAUGAACAAAUAGA